UGUCAUAAUUAUAUAAUUAUUUCGUUCAUUAUAUUAUAACUUAAAGGACUUAAAGAUAAAAAAUAACGACCCAUAUAUAAUAAAGAACAACUAACCACGAGGACAAUCUAAAAUAUUUUUCUUAUUUAGGCUAUUAAUGUCACAUUACAUCAUAAGUCAUAACAUAUUAUGUUCAUUAAGUUACUAUAUAAAUUCGUCAUAUAAAUAAACUUUAAUUGGAUUAGGAAUAUAAGAAAAGAAAAAAUUAACAUAGUUAUUUUUUUUAUAUUUUUUUCCUUACAAGAGAGGCGCGAAAAAAAAAAAAUUAUUUUAAAUUUAAUUUAAAAUUAACAACAUGUCUUCAAUGGAUUGGCGUUCUCUUGUUUCUACAGAUGAAAGACUUACUAGUAUUCUCAGAAUUGCGGAAUUAGCUCAUGCUGUUCAACCGUUUAACGAAGUAUUGAACCGUGCUAGACAAGCAGAAGCAGGCGUCUUUCAAAGAGCAACUUCUCGGAAGGAAUAUAAAGAAUUGUCUGAUAACCAAACGAAUGAUUUGGCAAAAAAUUCAAAAACUGAAGAACAAUCUGAUCAAUUGACAAAAAAACAAUUAGAACUUAAAAAUUUAUGGAAAAAACGUAUUGAAGAGAUUAUGGAACAACUGCGUCGCCAGCAACAAACGCAAUCACAACGUCUUUAUUUAUUAUUACAGAAUCUACAACUUCAACAAUUAUUGCAGCAAAAAAAGACUCGUCAAACUCAAUCCACAAACAUAACUCCGUUCUUGCAACAAGAAGUUUUGUUACCACAACCUAGUGUAUCAGUAUUGCAAACAAAUUUAUCAACUAUUCAACAAUCUAUUAAUCCUUUAUUCCAACAACAACCUACAAUUAUAUUUCAACAGCAACAGACAAUUCCUCAAUUUUAUCAGCCACAAACAUAUUCUUUUCAACACCAACCGAUGACUGUUCAACAAUUAUUUACUCUUACACAACCUUCUUUUACAGUACAGCCACUAAUCACUCAUCAGGCUCUUCCGAACUUAUCUACUCCAUUAAAAUGUGAACAAUCACAAUCUUUACCACAAGAUACUUCUUAUUACCUUGUAAAGGAUGCAAACAUACAUAAGGAAGCUUUCAAAGAAGCUUUGAAAUUGCCAAUAAAUGAACAAAAAAGACAUCCUCCACCCGGCGAACCUGUAAUACCUGUACAUGCUUUGAAAGUUGAAGGUUCUGAUACCGCUUCUCAAGUCCAACUCCACCAUCAGUUCAAAUAAAAUUGUCAAUAAGAUAAAUCAAAGUUGAUGAUGUCGCCAUUUGAGAUCAUAUGGUAUGCCUAUAAUUAUAGAUAGAAGUACUAAAAAAGUCAACUAUCUAUAGACGAAUUAUGGACACAACUAUCUCGUGGCGCGACGGCUCUCACAUACGUGUUACCAAAUAUGCAUACUGCGUACAUCCGGCAACAUUUGGAAGCGCUGAUCUUUCUAAUCUUUAUUAAUAUUAAUUAUGAUUUUUUUCAUGAUAAUUAUAAACAAUUGGUAAAUAUCUUGCUAACUAUAUUUUUUUUUUUCUUUUUUUUUCUUUUAAUUUUCAUUAGAUUCAUUUGUUUGGGUCUUACGAUUAUAAA